GUGACCACGGAAAGGAGGGGGUGUAAAUGUGAACUGUAUCCUGAGUUGCAGUCCUGUCCCUGCAUUCCUCUCAUCAAGGAUUUGCUUGAAAGAAAUAAUAAUAAUAAUAAUAAUAAAAAAUCAUAAAUAAUAACACGAACAGAGACUGGAAUACGGCGGAAAUCCACCGGAUUGCUUACGGACUACCACUUUAAAGGCUGAUUAUGUUGUUUGCAGACCAUCGCUCAGUCACUGGGGUGUUUCUGGUGUGGACGGAUACAGCUUAAUAAAGGAGUAUACACACAUGAGAAGAAAAAUAAACAGAUACGCCGCUUUAAAUGGGCUUUAAAAACAGGAAAACAAGAUGGCUGGUGACAGUUAAAGAUAACCAGGGCAACACGCUGUUGUCCCCUUUAAGAACAAGAACUGUAUCUGUCUAAAAUACAUAAAUAUUUCAGCGAGAUAGCUUCAACAAAUAACGCCUGACGUUACGCUGUGUGGUUUUUUUUUUGUUGUUGUUGUUGUUUUAAGUGAAAUGAUCGCGAGACGCCGCUUUCAGCUGCGAGCAGGACACGCACUGUAUGAAGCGUCUCAUACUGGAGAGCUUGGACUCCGGGUUGGUUUCUUGUAGAAGCCACUGCAGGUUUUCAGUAACAUGCCCAUCACGAUCCGAUUACAACAUCCACAGCCCUGAUUUCUGGCUCAGCUGUGGAAUUUGAUUGCUGACAACUUGAAACGGGGCGGAAGAGGCGCUCCCUGGACCGUUCAUGGAGACUUAUCAACAGCUGUCUAUGCAGACUUGUAUGCCUGUGUGGACAAGCAGAGUCACACGCUUAUUUUAACAAGAGGGCCACGAGAAUGACUGAAACGGCACGUCAAUUUACUGGCAACUUAUUUUAAACCGUUUAAUAGGCUCUAACUUUAAAACUGGCCUGCAUGUCUUCUGCCCAAGCAGCUGAGAUGGCCGAGGCCUGGAAGAACUGUUUCGAGGAGGAGCUCAUCUGCCCCAUAUGUCUGCAUGUGUUCGUGGACCCCGUACAGCUGCCGUGUAAGCACAACUUCUGCCACAGCUGCAUCAGCGAGGCCUGGGCCAAAGACGUGGGCAUUCUGCGGUGUCCGGAGUGCAAUCAGCCGUACAAACAGAAGCCCAGCCUCGACAAGAACAUCAAGCUAAUCAAUAUCGUGGAGAAGUUCAACGCCCUGAACACGGAGAAAGAACCGGCCGUACUGCAAUGCAUCCUGUGCAGACGGGGACCCGCGCUUCCUGCAAUGAAAGUUUGCCUGCGGUGCAACGCGCCCUGUUGCCAAUCGCACAUUCAAACACACCUUCAGCAACCUUCUUCAAAUGCUGGGCAUCUGCUGGUAGAUGUUGAAGACGUGCGGGCCUGGAGCUGCCCACAGCAUGAUGAAUACAGACUGUAUCACUGCGAGACCGAGCAGGUGGCCGUGUGUCGUUACUGCUGCUUCUCCAGAUGUGCAGUCGGCCAUGGACAUGGCGUCUGCGACGUGGAACUGCGUCAGAAUGAUAUAAGGCACAUGUUGAUGAAGCAGCAGGAUCGUAUCGAUGACCGAGUGCAGGACAUCGAAGAGCUGUUGUACAAGCUGGAGUCAGACAAACGGCAGGUGGAGGAUAAAGUGGAUCAGUUGAAACAAGAGGUGCGCCUGCAAUAUCAGAAAAUGCAACAGCUCCUGGAAGAGGACCUGGGGAAGGCUCUGAAUGUGCUGGAGAAGUCACGAUCGAAGUUCUGCCAGGAAAACUCCAGACAGGUCCUGCAGCUCAAUGAGCGGCGCCAGGAGGCCAAGAAGAUGCUCAGCUCUGUCCAGCUCUUAUUUGACAAGGCAGAGAAUAUCAACUUCAUGAAGAACACAAAACCUGUAAAAGUCCUCCUGGAUAGAUCUCAGACAUCUAUAGACAGUGCACUACCUCCCUACAAUGCAGGUCACCUUAACUCUAAAGUCUUUCUCGCUGAGAUUUCUAAAAAGGAGAAGAACCUACGCAAAAUGCUGGAAGCACCCUUCGCCGCUCCUGCGCACUUUUUCCAGAGUGUUCCUGUCUACCAAUGCAGAGUGAGCAGCUCAGGAUCAGAAAAGCGCAAGCACUCGACCGCAUUUCCUGAGAGCAGCGCAAACUUCAUGGAAUCUUCGUCAGGUCCUGUGAACAAGCAGCAGUUCCUGGCUCCAAGUACCAGCGCCGAUGAAGGGCCAUCUGUGGCCUCCUGCAGCACUGCUCGGCACAUUGUGAGCCUCAACAGCGGCGGCACAGAAGUGAGCGAUGCUCAGCCUCUCCAUCAUUCCAGCUCAGUGUUCAGUCCCGCCCAUUACCCUAACGCUGGCUCCACCCAGCAGGCAAUGCUGCCACAAUACAAUGGCCGUAAGAUCCUCAUGUGUACAGUGGACAACUGCUACUGCUCCAGCAUGCCCUCUGUGUCCGGACAUCAUGGCCACCCAUCCUAUCCACGCUCACCCUCUUUUGCCUGGGCGCAGGAGUUCUCGCACCCAAUGCCCCCCCCAGCUCCCUCCAUGUCCCAGCCAAUGCAGAACAUCUCAGUACGUGGCAAUUGGAUUGGCACCUCACAGAGCCACAGGCACCCCGACUUCUACAGCCUCUAUGGAGAACCUUCUACUAAACACUAUGUCACCAGUUAACCAUCCUUUUUCCAUUCCUCCUUUCUUUCUCUUGCUUCUUUUCCUUUUGCUUUCUCUGCCUUUAUUGUGUCUCAAGUACAACCACCAUUGCAUUCAAAUGGCACUUUUUCUCAUUUUCUGUUAAUUGAGGUAAGCCCUGUAGCCCUCCCAACCACAUAUAUCUUCCUUCUCAAGUCUGAAAUCCCGGUCUGCCACUGUGCAGUCUUUUUUUAAAAAGGGAAUUUGUGGCUGUGCGUUUAAAAUUGAAAACAUGCUUGGGAUAACUCCAGAUGCUGCUGACCCAAAUGAUGUUAGACUUUGCACAGGGCCAGCUUCAUGCCUUUCCUCCGCCCGAUCUUCCAGCCUUUAGGGUGUCUGUGGAGGAGGAGGAGGCAUCUUUAUAUCAUAAAUUUGGUCUGUUCUUCACUAGUUAACUGGGGGAAACAACUCAUUUAAUGCAUCUAUAUGAUGCCUAAACUUCAUUUUAUUUCUGUUAACAGAAAUGAUUGGUAGGAAAAAAAAGGGUAGCUGGUUAUUAUAGGAAAUAUGGGUAAAAAGAUCAAGAAUGCAGUUGUCUUCAUUACUCACUUCAAUCACACCAUGACUGUCUAAACCAUGUGUAACGUAGGGCGAGCUGGGAUUGAGUUCUUAUGUAAAUGCCUAAAAGGCAACAGGAUCUAGAAUCAUGUUUACAAUUACAUAUUAGUAUUUUUUAUGAUUUGACUGGAGGUAGAAAGAUGUGUCUUAAUUCUGUUUAGGAAGAAUCACCCCGAAGGAAUCAAACUCGAAUACCAGUUAUAAUCCUGGACGGCUCCAGGAGCACCUCUCACAUGUUGCGUGUCUUUGCUGGACUUCUCUGAAACAAGAAAUAUAAAUCUUUCCUCUGCUUUCUGUUGGGUAUGGUAACUUCCUGAAUCAAAGCACAUGAAAGGCAUGUUCAAUGACGAUCAGCAAACACACUCAAUAUUUAAUCUUAGAUCACUUAUAUAGAUGUGGUAUCCUGCCUCUUUAAAAAAUUUGUCAGCUCCAGUGGAACCCAGUGGGUUUGUGUGAUCACUGCACAGUUGCUGAUUGUCAGGAACAUGCUGAAAAUCUCUUGACUUCCUGUUUGGGACUUUGAGCAGUCCAAAAAGAUUUUUCCAUGAACUCCAAGGGUCUAUGCUGAGCCUGAAUAGAAAACCGUUAUUGACAUUUUUUCCACAUAUUUUUUACAAGAAAACAAUGGACUACUGAACCUCUAUAAUUUGCUUCAUUGUGCUUCAAAAGAGUAUUAAAUGUUGGUUUUAAAACACAUGCAGUGCAGUCUUUUUUUUUGUACAUAUUUUCGCAACACGUGUGGCUCUAAUCUAAAAAAUAAACAGCAGUUAAUGGAGCCAGAUUUGUGUGGUUUCCAUGGGUCUGAUUUCAAAACUCAGAAAUGAAUACAGUUUUUAGCUCUGAUCUAAUGAUGGAAUAGAUAAGUACAGCUCCAUCUGUACAUGAGUUUUGUGGGUUUUAAAGUAUUACCUUUGGGUAACAGCGAUUUUGGCUUGGUGUGGUUCUGUUCACUAAAUCUAAAAAUAAAAUUAUUAAUAAAAUAAGCUCCCUGGGCAAAAGAUAGUUAAUGUAUUAUAUGGAUUAUCAUCAACAUAAUAUACUUCAGGAUUGGCACCUUGUCCAAGGUGUCCCCUGCCUUGUGCCUGAUGCUCCCUGGAAUAGGCUCCAGGUUCCCCACGACCCUGAAGGAUAAGCGGUAUAGAGGAUGGAUGGAUGAAUAAUAUAAGCCACUCGCUUUAAUAACAGCUGCAAUAUUAUUUGGUAAGGACACCAUUAGUGUCUUGAGAUCCUGUGGGUUCCUGUGCAUUUGAUCCCACUCUUCUACAAAUUGGGUUCACAAAUCAGCUAGACAUCAUGAGUACCUAUUUUAAAAUCGCACAAAUUUUCUAUCGGAUCCCAUCAUGCUCAUUGAACAAGUCACAUGCAGAUUUGGCCCUGUGCCUCGUACAGUUAUCAUCCUGGAAGGUGGGAGUGUGGGUGUUUUUCUGCUUGGACAUGAAGCACAAAAUGCAGCCUCAGAGUCUGGCCAACAAACUGACCCUCUGCUUUUAUGUUAAAGCUGCAUUCAUCCAGAUGCUCAACCUACUGACAUUGUACAAAAAGUCACAGCUGUUGGUGGAUGUGACAUAUUUUUUGUUGUGGGAGCUCAAAUACUCAUAAUGAUACUGCAGUGAUUACUGAUUGUUUUGUUAACAGUCCUAUAACACUGUAUUCUAUCUACCUUGAGAAAACUUUUUCAGAAUAUUGUCUUUAUCGGUCUAACUGCACUUUAGAGUCACUAUAGACUCACUUUAAUCUUGAGGUAUCCCCUUGACUACAACACAUUACAUGUGCUCAGAAAUAUUCAUAGAUCUACUUAUAUGCACUCUUUUUG